CCCUGACGGUUAAUUAUUGGCCGCAGUUCAUCGCUCCAAACAAACGUAAUAUUUCUUCGACUUUCACAACUCUAUAGUAUAUACUAUCUCCGGCCUUCUCUCGGGUCCGCUACAACCAGUGCCUUUCUUCCGCCCGCACUGACCGAACGCAACGCAAUCUACGAUUAACAAAAAACCGAACAAUUUCGCGCCAUCUGGAAGAUCGCUGAAGUUGUUUUUUUAUUUGAAUCUCGAUGGUCAGGUGAAUUGUGUUUUGGAUUAAUUUUGUGAUUGCGUCAAAGUGGGACGCGGAUACAUUAUGGCGCGACAUCUGGUUUGUUUGACGCUGCUGGCUCUUUCACAACUAGUGCUGCCCGAGCCAACGGCGGCGCCGGUCACUCCUGAGGCGGCGCCCGCAGCGGAGCCAGCCACGCCGGCCCCGGCGGCCGAGUCGCGGGCUGAUGAGGCCGUCGACGAGCCUCCUGAGGGGUACUACGCGUUCGUCGAGUCACCUAACGCUACGCCACCCAGAGUGCGCCCGCCGCCAUACCGACAGGUGUCAUCCGAGUGCCCCGAGGUGGGCGUGACGAAGCCCCACGUGUCCGCGCACAACCUCUGCGGGGACCUGAACCGCGGCAUCAUCCCGCGCAACCCCAUGGGGCAGAACCCUAAUGGGGAACCCUACCCAUUUGAGCUGCUACGAAACCAAACCCUUCGUUUCCUGUCGCGCACGCUCCCUGUUCUCCGCGCCGACGACACGCUGCCGCGAGUAGCGCACGUGGCGCACCCUGGGCCAGCGCCCGCACACUACGAGACCAACAGCCUGGAAGAUCGCGUGAAGCGGUCGAUGCCGGACGAAGUGCCGUCGAGCGAGCUGCCGGCCGAGCACCGCGAGGACGCCCGUGAGAGCCGCAAGUUCUGCGACGGCGGCGGCGUAUUCUGCAUGCUGUACAGAGCUAUCAAUGGUGAAAGCAGCUCAGCGGGAGUAGAGCGGCGCGAGGACCCUGGUACGCCACACGCACACGCACCCGCUUCAACGGCGCCAAGAUAUGAAGGCCCACCGACACCAUGUCCAGCACGCGUGGAGUACGCCACGCCGGUUUUCGCGCGCAACUACCAAGGCGUGUGGCGCUACGUCGUACAGAUACCUUAUGAGGGCUACUUCACGCAGACCGUCGAGGUUACCAGAUGCAUGCAAUCGCGGUGCCACUACUUGGACGGCGGUUGCCUGUCGUCGCCACGAUGGGUGUCGCUGUUGGUUGGUGAGCUGCACUACCCCACGCCACAACCAACAUCUGCCCGCCCUUAUACUGACCAACAGUACCAGGAAUACCAGCAAUACCUGCAGAAGCGCGCCGGCCCUGCUCCCGACGCGGGCGCUACAGCGGGUGCGGCGCCCAGCGACAAGCCACCACACUGCGACGGCCACGAUGAGAUGGGCUGCUUCCAGGUGCGGCUCUACUACGACUGGUUUCUGGUUCCCGGCUCGUGCAAGUGCUGGAGGCCCGACUACUUCGCGCGCUACGUUCGCCGUCGCCAUUCCGGCGAACUCUAACUUCAUGGCUCUAUCCUAAUGAUAUAAACGCCAGUGGCUACCUAACUACUGUCUGUACCACUUGUCCCUGAUGGACAUAUGGGAUUAAAUGCUUCAAAUAAAUCGUAGUCUUGGUCAAAUAGAGCAGGGACAAAUGGUCACAAAUGGAAAUACAUCGGCUAAAUACUACGCUAAGGAUUGACCUCUACUCAAUUUAGCUAUUAUUACAAUAGAGAAGCCAUACCAUACCAAACCAACAAUGAAAUCAGCGCAAUCGCAACCUACGUCACGCGACAAAAAGAUCGUAAGCGCCGUAAAAAAAAUUAUUACUUUGCGAGAUGGUUUGUUGUCAAAACAGCAACAAUUAAUAGUGAAAAAUGCUGGUUUACCGUACGUAGGUAUGUACCAGGGUACGUAGCCGAAUGGCACAAACGCUCACGAAAUGCUCACGAAACGAAACGCUCGUAGAUAUCUAUCUCUAUCGCUCUUGCAUAUUGGCGCGACAGAGCCAGACUACCUUUCGCGGCGUUUCGUUUUCGUUUCGCGUCGCAGAAAUGCCAUUCGGCUACGGCACCAGUUUUAAAUGUGUUUCCCGACGCUUCCUCUGUUUUGAUGUAGGCAAAUAUUAACCCUUUCCCCUUCCCUUUUCCUUCCACUCAUUCGGCAGAAAUAUUAAGAGACUUUUGAAAAUAUCGCUGUUAGUUACGCCUUGUUAUAUUUGACAACGCACCAGUGCCGACCAAUUACAGUUCUAGACCAA